GCUUAGCCUGUAGAUGGCGUAUGCGCACAAUUUAGCACCAUCUUGUAACACGAAGAAGCCCAGAAGCCAAUGAAUUAUAAGCACAGUCGACUUGUUCAGACAUGUUCCAGUAUUCCACGUGCUACACACAGAUGCAAGAAAUGACUUCCAGGCCACUUCUAUUAGUUGACGAUGACAGGGGUGUGUAAGAAGCACAAAGCAUCCUCGUGGGGGCUUCUCAACAACCACAGGUAUUUGUACAAAAAAGCUCUGAUGCUAAACGCCAUGGAAAGUGCAAGAGCAAGGGAUCGGUGUCAAAAGAUGUGUUUCAGUGUGAAGAGGAAAAGCACAGACACACACGUCGAGUCACUGGUUAAAAAUAAAUUACUUAAAAAAAUGGAACAAAUCUGCGAAUCUCCCCUAAGUCAAAAACCCACACACUCUGAACCCUGGAGUUCUAAUGCAACUAAACCCGAACUUUCGAUUUUGGACCAAAACACUUUAGUCACGGUGCUCGCAGACAGAUGGGAGAUCGACAGUGGGUUUUCCUCUGAAGUCAGUCCUCCAACCAGUGGUCGAAGUUCACCAUGUCUUAGUCCCUGUCCAACCACUGUAGUGGCGUUGGACUGUGAGAUGGUUGGGACGGGGCCUGGUGGGCGCUGCAGUGAGCUGGCCCGCUGCAGCAUCCUGGACUAUCAUGGCAACGUCCUGUACGACAAAUACAUCAAACCGUGUUCCCCUGUCACAGACUACAGAACGCCAUGGAGUGGCAUCAGGAGUGUCGCCAUACCCUUCGUUCAGGCCAGAGACGAGGUCAUCAGUAUACUUGAAGGCAGAGUGAUUGUGGGCCACUCUGUGUACCACGACUUUGAGGCGCUGGACAUACAGCAUCCAUGUCACAUGGUCAGGGACACGAGUACAACACGUCUUCUCAGCCGGUUGGCUGGUUUUCCACGAGAACGAUGCGCUUCGCUAAAGAUUUUAGCUCAAAAGCUGCUUGACAGGAGGAUACAAGUUGGGAAGAGAGGUCACUGCUCGGUGGAAGACGCUCAGGCCGCACUCGACCUCUACAAGCUGGUGGAGGGAGAGUGGGAGCAGGAGCUGCAGAACAAGCUGAGGAAUGAUGACGCUCCUCAGGAGCCCAGCUUUGCCUCUUCCAACCACUACAUGCAGGACGAGUACUGGCCCAGUGAUGUCACAACAUAGAAAUCAACAGCCAGUGUGCCAUGGCUAAAGCAGUGGCUGCUGGGAAAUACCUCAGUCGUUACAGUGAGCAGAGGAGCACUACACGAACCAUGUGUUUUUAAAAAAAAAAAAAUUCUUUAGUCAUUUUAACAUGUUUGAGAUGAAAAUGUGUUAACUUAUUUAAAAAUGUGAAAAACAAUGUUUUUAACAUUUUGCUCAUAUACCUCAUAUCGAGUUGUUAAAGACUUGAUUUGGUGUGAAAGGUGUUUGGAAUCUUUUUCUCCAACAGAUCAUUGUGAACAAUGUAUAUCAUAUGUUGGAAAUGGCUGCUGCAAGUAAAAAAUAAAACAGCCAAAAUCUGGGAAA